UUAAAAAAUUUCGAUAAUAUAUCUUCAUAUCCAUGUGAUUCGCGAAAUUUGAAAAUCUAUGUCGGAAAUGAAUGGUCUGAAAUUGGAAUGUAUCCAAUAAGUCAAAUAAGCGCAAAAGCAAUGCGACUUCCUUACAAAGAUACAUUUUGUAUAAUUCCUAUUCUACAUACUAAUGAUUGAAAUGUAUUACGUCGUAUUUUGGGACGAAUACUGCCAAGUCGUUCCCGAUUCUUGGGUAAACUUUAAUGCAAAAACAUUUACGUUUCCAUUGUCUAAAAAAAAUAUUACCAAUACAAUAAAGAAGAAGAUAAGUCCUGGAAAUGAUUGGAACAUUAGUCAUUUUCAUAAAAUUUUAGGACCUUACAAUACAUUUGAUAAGGCUCGGGAAGCAGAAAAAUCUUGUAUUGAUAUAUCCACUUCGGAUGAUAUUCAAUUUGCUUCUUUAAAUGAACCAAUCCAAACAUUGCCUCUGAAACGUUUGAUAACGAAAAAAAAAUUUUAUGACGAUGAAUCGAAUAAUUACGUGAAUGAUUGUAAUAUUUCCAAGAAAUAUAAAUCAAAUCAACAUCCCCCAUCAAAUUAUAAAAUACACGAAGGGAUUGGAGCUACAUCUACAAAUGUUGAACUUGAGAAAAAUUCAUUACAUUUUAGAUCAGUGAGUUCGGAAUAUAACGUGCAGAAGCGGGAGGAAGAUAAAAUUUUAUCCGUCAAAAAUAAUCCAUCUAAUUGCAAUGUCCCUUCACCUUUAAAUGAACACCAAUUUUCAAUUCAAGUUUUUCAUGAGGAUGAGCAAGAUGAUGAAGAGAUGACGGAUGAUACUAAUUCUCGUGAUUAUGAUCGGAACAUCGAUAAUAAGGAAAAUGAGAUAAUUGCGAUGAAGGCUCUCCCAAUUACAGAAAUGAAUGUAGACGAGGAUAUACAUGUAAUUAUAAGUUCUUUAUAUGAAAAAGUAGAUACUUUACAUCAAGACUUUCAACAAUUCAAAACAGAGAUAAAACACGAAGCAGCUAAAAAUAACACAAAAUUGAAAGAAAUAGUUGCUAUUUUAAGAGAAAUUUCCAAAGAAAUGAAGAAAAUGAAGCAAUAA